UUGUCCUCUCUCCUCCUCUCUCUUCUUCCUGCUCUCUCUCUCUCUCUCUCUGUAGAAACGACAAGAAUUCUGUCAAAUCCACCAUAUAAAUUUGAUAGAAUUACACUAAAUAUGUACCUGUUCUCCAUAUGCAAACUUGCACAAGUCUUGUUUUCUGAGUAGGGUUUUCAAAAUCACUAAGCCAGACUAAGUAAUAUUAAUCUAGCAAGAGGUAGUAGUUAUAAAUUUAUCAGAAAAACCACAGAGAAAGGCCUGAUAAAUUGAUUCGAUGGGAAGAGAGGAGUACUCUCAUGGUGGGGGGAUGAAUAAGCCUGCAUGGCUUCAGGGUUUGAUGGCUGAGACUUUCUUUGGAGCCUGUGGCUUCCACGAAAACCGCAGGAAGAAUGAGAAGAAUGUGUUUUGCCUCGUUUGUUGCCUCAGUCUUUGCCCCCACUGCCUGCCUUCUCAUUGCUCUCAUCCCCUUCUCCAGGUGCGACGGUAUGUUUACCACGAUGUGGUUCGAUUAGGCGAUCUCGAGAAGCUCAUCGACUGCUCCUUCAUUCAGCCCUAUACAAUUAACCAUGCCAAGGUCAUAUUUGUGAAUCAGAGGCCUCAAUCCAGGUCCUGUAAGGGCUCUGCCAAUAUGUGUUUCACUUGUGACAGGAUUCUCCAGGACUCUUUCCAUUUCUGCUCUCUUUCUUGCAAGGUUGAUUACAUGGUGUAUCGAGGGCAAGAUCUCUCAAGCAUUCUCUUCAGGAUUCAUGAAUCCGACUUUGCAAUUUCACAAAUUGAGGGAUUGAGAGUGGACGGUUCAGAGAUUAUCGAUGACGAUGGUCUAAUUACGUCAAACUCCAUCCUUGAGGAUCCUUUGCAGGACAAAAAUUCCUCGUGUUCCAAUGACAAUAUGGGCAGUUCGGAGAUUUCACAUGCACCAGUUGUGGUUAAUAAGAAGAAAAAGGGUUUUCUCCCGGGGAUUGUUCUGUCCCUGAGCAACAGGAGAAAGGGUGCCCCUCAGAGGGCUCCUCUUUCUUAGAUUAAGCAUGGGAUUAACAAUAAGAUUAUCUAUAAAUACAUAUUAUUAAUUAAUUAGGACGCUUAUAGGGUUGACGGCUGUGGAUUAAUUGAUCACGAUGUAAUUUAGGAUGGGAGAUUUCAUUUUCUGUUCUUGUUUUCGUUUUCGAAUUCGAUCAGAGCAUUUCUGUUGCUGACCAUAGGUGAAUGUAGAGAGAUUUGAGCCAAAUUGUUAGCUAGUCUCUUGAUUUCACCAAUUUUGUACUUGAUCAUGUAAUGGAACUUGCAAGUAUACAUACUUAUGUA